AUGAACAUUCAAGAAAACGAUAUGGGACCAUUUAACCUAGGUUACGUGUUUAGCGAGGCGGAAGUCGAAUUUUUAUGGGAUUCAGCAUGUCAUGUGAAAACCAUAUUUGUCACUUUUUAUGCUGAAUUUUAA